UCAGAGGCGCCACGUAUCACGUGUUGCACCUCGUUCCUCUCCUUCAAGCAACAGCAAGUAUUGUCAUAGCAACGGGCUGCUCCUUGUCAGCCUGCAUGCUGUGCACUGCUGCGUUUGCGUGUCAGUAUCUGGUGGGUGAAAGAGCUGUUCGAUUCAACACGGAGCUCUGAAGGUGCGAAACGCAGAUAGGUGGGCUCCACUUCAAACAUCUUGCAGACCACGACUGCUGCAGGAGGUCUCUGCAACACUCCGCUGCAAUGAUCCCAUUUGACACAGCAGAGAAGAAGGUUACAGGUGGGGCGUGGUUUGAUAUCUCGCUGAAUGAUCUCCCAGCAGGCUUCAGCAAACACCACAAAGACGUGUUUAGGAGCUAUUGUCGUCUGUGACGUUAAAAUGGACCAAAAGUGGAUUCUGGUGAUUCUGGUAUUUUAUCAAAAAAUUCCUUCAGGAGCAGCUGAGGAUAUAACUGUCAAGGAGGGGCAGGAGGUUGAAAUCAGCUGUCGGCCUGAGCUGGGCUCCAUGGUCAUCUGGUUUCGAUUGCUGGGCGAAUCUGACAUGGAAUUCAUUGGGUCCUAUGCCAACAACGGCAUAGAAAAGACAGCCAUGAAGGCCUUCUCUUCCAUCUUCAGGCGCUCAGCGAGUAAUCCAUAUUCCCUAACACUAAAGUCAUUCAACAAAAUGCGUGACAGCGGCGCUUACAUCUGUGCAGCCCUCGUCAAAGGCACCGAGCUAAGAUUUGGCAAAAUAACCCAGCUGGUCGGAGAAAAAGCUGCAGCAGUACAACCGAUCACCACCACCACCACCAAACAAAGUCUCUGCACAACUGCCGCGCCAUGCGUUUGCAAGGACAAUCACAAGAAAGAGGAAACCAGUCCUUCCAUGUUUUGUACUCCAAUCAUACUGGGCCCACUGGCUGGCGGCUGUGGCCUUCUUCUUCUACUCCUCAUCAUCACCAUCGUGUUCUGCAACAAAAUAAGGACACGGAGAUGCCCACACCAUUACAAAAAAAAGCUUCGGACAGCGGCUGGUGGAAAACAGAUGAUGACUGGCAGACAUGUUUAAGUUUCAGUGGCAUUUUUUAAACUGCAGUUAUUUUACAGCGCUGUGUUCUUGUUGCAGAAAUGAUCUACAGUUUAACCACAUUCAUGAUGGAUAUUUUGCUUCCAAAUUAAAAAGGUCUCAUUGUUUGAGAUAGAACAUCUAAAAAGCGCAUGAAGGAUUAAACGCAUCAGAUACUUUCAGAGCUCUUCACCGUCAACAUCCAGUUUUAGAUGCAUUGUGGUCUGACGGCCGAUAAUGAAAUGAAAUCUUCAUGAAACAAUGUGACACGAAACGUCUGUUCAUCCACAUCCCAUGAAUGCUGAUCAUAGAAACCAUAGAAACCACUGAACGCCUCAGACUAUUACAAUUUAGCUCUCUGACUCAUGUUCAUUUUUCUUUUGAAAUGUUUGCAAAAACUGUGUAUAGUUCAUUUUGGUUUUGUAUCGAUUUCAUUUUCAUUUAUAUUUACAAACUGUACUUUGGACCAUAUUUUGACUUUGAUUCUUUUUACUUAAUUACCGUACUUUGCUUUUGUUGUGGGAUGUAAAUGAGAACUUAACUUUAAAUUAAUUAAAUAAGCACGCUUUAGAAAAUGAUCUUGUCUGAUAAUAUGAUUUCCUGCAGGAGGAUAACCUGAAAUGUUGAACAUUUUAGUAUUUAAAAUUAGAAACGUAAUUUUUUAUGAAUUUCUACUGUUUCAAAGUAAUGAGGGAAAAAUAUGAAACAUUAUUUUUGUUUUGUAAAAUCGGACAUAUUAUCCCACUGUCUUUUAUAACUAAAUAAAAUAUUUAACAAGCA